AUAUAUUAAAUAUGGAACCAAACAAAGAUGGUAGCAACCUUCAUGAGAGAGAAGAUGGCUCUAUAAAUUUCCAGAUUGGAAGAUCCAUUCAAGAAAGAGCUAUAAAUAUGGAAACUACACCUCCUCGCAACUGAAAUUGAAAGAAUUCUAGAUGCCUCAAGCUUUACUGAGAGUGAUUCAAAGCAGGAGUCUACUGAGGAAUGUGCAACUGAAUCAACUGCGAAAAUAAUCUCCAACACGAGGAGAAAUAGAGCUGCUGCUAUCAGCGCUACCAUUGAGAGAAAUCCAAACGCAUUCAGACCUAAAAUAGUAGCUGCAAAGCAGCCGAAAAAUAUUGCAGGGAGUAUUCAGAGCAAUACCAUAGCUGGAGUAGCCUCUCCGAUUCCCAGACACAGUAAAGGGUGAGCAUGUAAGAAGUCAGGGUGUCUUAAAUAAAUAUUGUGAAUGCUUCCAGGCUGGCCUUCCUUGCACUCCUAUUUGAAAGUGAGCCUCAUGCAAGAAUGUCAAGACUUCUUUGGAGGGAACUCCAUAUAAAGAACCUCAAGGUCUGAGAGCUACCCCUAAGAAGGACUAUGAAAUGGAGGAAAAUAAGGAAGAUGACGACUAUGAAAUGGAGCAAGAACCAGUCAAAAAUGACUUUCUCUCAAUCCUACAAAGAGAAAUCCCUGAUUUAAAAAUUUCUCAUUGAAAAGUUAUGAAGGAAGAUAUUUCCCAUAUCCAACAGGAUGGUAACAUGCAUGAGGAGCAAGUGAUGGAAGAUACUGGGAAUGAUUUCUAUGACAUCCUGGGUCUAAGCAAGAGAUCACAGACGUCUCCCUCCAAGGACAACCCCUAA